CCUUAAUCGGAUUGAAAACUGUGAUGGAUUUUACCAUUGGUACUGUUGGCAAUAGUGCUUAAAAAAAUAAUUUUUUUAUAUAAAGGUUUUUCUUUUCUCUGCGUUUUUUUUAAUCUCAUUACAUUAGAUUGAAUACUUUAGGAUUUGUUGGUUUAUGUAGGUUGGAAUAUGGAUAUAGUCUGAUGUUAUUCGUUUUUGCUCCCAAAUAUAUUAUUCAUUAAUUUUGUAGGAGAUGAUGGAUGAAGGUGUUGGGUUAGAAGGAAGUGUUGAAUGGGCUGAGCAAGAGGGGAGCUUUAAUAGUUGGCUCGAUAAUGUGCUUGCUUCUGAUGAGAUUGAGAGUCCUCGCAUGGUUGAGGAAGAGAAUAGACCUCGAGAUAGGCCCAAAGAGCCAGAGUCAAAUUCCAAGAGGCAGAAGAUAGGUCCAUGCACUGACAAGACAGAGGAACCCAGUCCUCUGGGUUUGAUUUUACGCAUAACUCCAUCUUUCUUGGAUCUCAUUGAUAGGAAGCUAUCUCAAAAGAAGACCACUCCUCUUAAUGGACCAACUUCGGGUACUAGUAUAGAAAAACAACAGACCAGAAAUGAUGAAUAUAACAUCCAACCCACAUUAAUGAAAUGGAAGGCUUCAAAUUUUCCUGCAACAAAACUCAAGAUCGGCUGUUGGGAGAGGAAGUCAAGAAAUGAAGGUGAUAUUGUAGCUAAGUUUUACUAUGCUAGGCGAAAACUUGUUUGGGAGAUACAAGAAGAAAGAUUGAAAAAAAAGAUUGAGAUCCAAUGGACCGAUAUCUCAGCAACCAGAGCACGAUUCAUACGGGAUCAACCAGACAUUCUGGAAGUUGAGUUAAGGCAGCAGCCCAUGUUCUUUAAAGAGGUAAAUCCUCAGCCAAGAAAGCAUACUAAUUGGGAAGCUUGUUCUGAUUUUACCAGUGGGAAUGCAACCACAUACAGGAGGCACUAUCUUGAGUUUGCAGAAGGAACUUUGGAGAAACAUUAUGAAAGGCUUUUACGUUCUGAUCAUCGGCUACUUACGUUGAGUCAGAAAGUUUUUGGAAGCCAUGAUUCUCAGUUUUUUGAAACCGUUAAUAGCGACAUGCAAGAUAUGUGCAUGCUCACACCAAAAUUUCCACCUAUUUCAAAUCAACCAUCCAGCAACUGGUGUCCACCUCAUCUGAAUCAUAUUGACAAUCAAGGGAGUGCUCCUACUCACAUGUGGACCUUUGAAUCUCUUGAUCCAGCAGUUGGUGCCAACCAUCCACUUUCACUGCUGACACCAACACCCAGAGUUAUACAAAUGAAUUCGCCAAGUUCAGUCAUGGAGUGCCUACCAACUAUGAAUCAAGGUGCAAGUUCUUUGAAUCCAAUGACAUCCUACUUGGCAGACAACUUUGCACUUAACAAUGGCAACUCUGCAACAGAUUCUACCCUGAACAGAAUGACUCAGCUUUGCAAUCAAGACAUUCAAAGUUUGAGAAGGGUCGAUGACAUAAGCGAGCGCCAAAUCCAACAACUACCCUGGGACACCUGCGCGACUCCAGCUCCUAAUUUUCUUCCUGGGCGAGUCUCUGCUAAUACCUUAUUAACUCAUACAGCUGAAACAGAAAAUUUCCAUGUCCCGAGACAAGGUCAAUCACUCGAGGAGCAUUUAAUGAGCGAGUCAGAUGAUCUGGAUGCAUUUGCUGCUGAUGACUCUAGGCUUCUUUCUUCAGUAAAAUCUAUUGGGUCAGUCAUUUACUAAGAAGCACCACCAGAUUCACAACCGCAAUCCUCAAAUGAACUGGAUGAUGGUAACCAAAACACCGAUGGCACAAAGUCUCCAUUGGAAUCAAGGGACUCCAAGCAGUUAAUCCAUUCUAUGACUAAUUCCCAUGGCACCUACAAUUAAUCAUCAAACCUUCAUUAGGCUUGGCCAAGAAAAGAGUUCUCAUGGCAGAAUCCAGUAGUCUUCAUCAUCAACUUGCUGAACUGUUUCCUGGUUUGUUUCAAUUUCUUCUGCGUUUGUUUUUGUCGCAACAGAACAUUCAGACUGCCGUUAGUACUGUGCCAGUAGAAGCACCAAACAGGUUAUUCUACUGAUGCGUUUCUAUU